GUUGGUUCGCUCCUCCCCGCCCCUUUCUCCCCCACCUCUCUCGUCCCCUCCCACCCCCCGGCUCCCCGCGGUGGUCUGGCCCGGCCCGGCGGCGGAGGGAGCGGCGGAGACGGGCGGGGAGGCGCUGGCGGCCGGGGCUCUCGCUGUCCGUUGACGCGCCGGCCCCUGCGGAGCGGCGAGGAGCCGAGCGGGGCGGGGGAAACAGCGGAGCGACCGAGGAAGCGGGAGCGGCUCGCCGACCCCCGGCAGCACCAUGAGUGAGCAGAGUAUCUGCCAAGCACGGGCUGCUGUAAUGGUUUAUGAUGAUGCCAAUAAGAAAUGGGUACCAGCUGGUGGAUCAACUGGAUUCAGCCGAGUUCAUAUAUAUCAUCACACAGGCAACAACACAUUCAGAGUAGUGGGCAGGAAGAUUCAGGAUCAUCAGGUGGUAAUAAAUUGUGCCAUUCCGAAAGGGCUGAAAUACAAUCAGGCUACACAGACCUUCCACCAGUGGCGUGAUGCUAGGCAGGUGUACGGUCUGAAUUUUGGCAGCAAGGAAGAUGCCAAUGUCUUCGCAAGUGCCAUGAUGCAUGCCUUAGAAGUAUUAAAUUCACAGGAAGCUGGUCCUACAUUGCCUCGGCAGAAUUCACAGCUCCCCUCUCAAGUACAAAAUGGACCAUCACAAGAAGAACUGGAAAUCCAGAGGAGACAGUUGCAAGAGCAACAGAGGCAAAAGGAGCUGGAACGGGAAAGGCUGGAUCGCGAAAGAAUGGAACGGGAGAGGCUGGAGAGAGAGAGGCUAGAAAGGGAAAGACUUGAAAGAGAGCGCCUAGAACAGGAGCAACUGGAGAGAGAACGGCAAGAAAGGGAACGGCAAGAGCGCCUAGAAAGGGAGAGACAAGAGAAGGAGAGGCAGGAUCGAGAAAGACUUGAACGACUUGAACGGGAAAGGCAAGAAAGAGAACGGCAAGAACAGUUGGAAAGGGAACAAUUGGAAUGGGAGAGAGAGAGAAGAAUUGCAAAUGCUGCUACCCCUGCCUCUGUUGAGAACUCUCUAAACUCUGUGCUGGGAGACUCCUCUGCUUCUGAGCCAGUCUUGCAGGCAGCCUCUCAGCCGAUUGAACCUACGACCCAGCAGGGUGUUGUCCAAGGGCCACCUGCACCUCCUCCCCCACCCCCCCUACCCCCUGGCCCAGCUCAGUCUUCAGUAGCAGCCCCACCUCCUCCUGGCCCACCACCACCACCUCCGCUUCCACCUUCAGGGCCGCCACCGCCACCACCACCACCUCCUCCACUUCCUAGCCAAGCUCCUCCUGUUCCCCUUCCGCCUCCUGCUCCCCCCCUCCCUGCCUCUGGAUUUUCAGUGGGAUUUGUGCCCGAAGAAAAUCGCCCUUUAACUGGACUUGCAGCUGCACUUGCUGGAGCCAAACUUAGGAAAGUCUCACGGGGUGAAGACUCCUCCAGUUCAAGUGGAGGAGGAGGGGGCUCUGCUUCAUCUAAAACAGACGGUGGCCGUGGAAAUGGACCACUUCCCUUGGGAGGCAGUGGGUUGAUGGAAGAAAUGAGUGCCCUGCUGGCCAGGAGGAGAAGAAUUGCUGAAAAGGGAUCAACAGAAUCAGAGCAGAAAGAAGAUAAAACUGAAGAAUCAGAGUCUUCAACUUCUAAGGUUUCUUCAACAAGCACACCUGAACUAACAAGAAAGCCCUGGGAAAGAACAAAUACAGUGAAUGGAAGCAAGUCACCUGUUAUCUCCAGACGGGAAUCUCCAUGGAAAAACCUGCUUGGUUCUGAAAACAGGUUCUAUGAUUCAUUAAACAGACCAAAAUCUACACCAACGGGGCAACCCAGUGCCAAUGGAGUACAGUCAGAAGGUCUGGAUUAUGACAGAUUGAAGCAGGACAUUUUAGAUGAAAUGAGGAAGGAGUUAACGAAAUUAAAGGAAGAACUCAUUGAUGCUAUCAGGCAGGAGCUCAGCAAGUCGAAUACUGCAUAGAAAGACUAGUACUAAGCCGAUGUGACUCUUUAACUUGGUAUAAAACUGACUACGUUUUGUGAGCUGUUAGAAGAAAACGGAGACAGACAAACACUUGGAAGGAGGGAGAAACAACCUAUUCUGAAAAGCUUCAGACACGUCACUCCGGUGAUAUGCUAUUCCCCUCCUAGUUUGCAGCUUUUUUCUGACCUUUACAGCAGGGUGGAAAAGACUCAUAAAGUUACUGUAAUGAUUAUGCAGAAAUUCCUACACCUAUCAGACGAGAUCACAGUGCUUUGAAGUCUACUCAUGUCAAGAUAAAAUUGCACAUGUUUCAGAAUUUGUUGUUAAGACAAAAAACAGGGAAAAGCUUGGGAAGGCUUUUCAGAGAGGUUUUCUUUAUUAAUGAAGGAGUUAGCAAGUUAUACUGUUGUACUUCAAAUGUAUCUCAGGUUUGUCUUCCUAUCAUAUCUGAUAUUUCCAUGAAUAAUUUAAAAGAUCAGAUGUGUAGAAGUUCAGUUCACAAAACAUGGAACAAUUAGAAACGCGUGCUUUUAAAGGGCAAUAUUUGUAAGUGAAUGACCUAGACAGUGAUGACAUAUCAAGAUUUUGGAAUUUUAUGAUAGGAAGCCUCUCUAGUUAGCCUUCAUGCAAUUUUAUAGGAAAAUAAAAAAAGCAAAUACAGUCCAGAGUUUAAAGAUGUAGAUGCCUUCCUACAUUGUUACGAUGCUUUACCAAAUCUAAGACUUCUACAUAAUGCGAAUCAGCAGUCAAAUGUAAAUCAUUAGUAUGUUGUAGAUUUACAGUAGAUUUUGGGGCUUUUUUUAGAUUUAUGCAUGUGGACAUUUUUGUAAUGUAACACAACACAGCCAGCUUUUUAAUUAAAAGAAAAAUUGCAUGUCACAGAGUAGCCUUUUCAUUUGUAAGGCUUAAUUUAUGCCCAGAAAGAUGCGGGAUGAGGGAGGGGGAAGGUGACACAUUUUUAUUACUUUCUACACUUUUCCUUCAUCUUACAUGCAUGUGUAAUAAUGAGGAAAACAUGACUUUUUAUCAGUAACCAUGUUAAUGGAACCAGGUACUUAGUCCUUUUGUAUCUUUUUUCAGUUUUCUAUUUGAAAUUCAGUACUACUUCCAUAAUGGUUCUGAAACUCCCAUGGGAACCUCACUCAUUUCUCGGUGAGAGAACAAACGUGUAGGCAUCCGAGUUACUGAGGAUGCCCCUAUGUACGUGCAUUGUCCUUUACCAUUUUAUCAUGGUCCUCUGCUUCACUCUUUUGAGACUCCUUUUUUGAUUGUUUAAUGAAACGGGACAGCAGUUAGCUACCUUAGAAUGACAGAGCAUCAGGUCACAGUAAAUGGCCCCAUCUCCUAAUUUAUCUGCCACCCUCCUUCCAAAAAAUACAAAACCAACAAAAAAACCCCCCACAGCUCCACACAACCCAAACCCUGAAAAACAGCAGUGGUGUAUACCAUUGGUUUUGGUCAACAGUUAGCGAAUCAUUUGUAGGGGAGAUGCCACCUUUCUGUUUCCCAGGGUUUUCAGAUUUUAUGCUUGUACGUAAUUUUUUUCCAUUUUUUUUUUAACGUGGUACAGUUCAGUGGGAUAGAAAUUCUGUGAACUGGAUCUUUAGUACUUCGGACAAAGAGUAUGGAUCAAAAUCUUCCCUUUUCCUUUGCACUGUCAAUUUUUCUGAGCCGUAACAGUGCCAUGUUUGCUUUGGGGUCUGUGCUGACCCAAAAGAAAAGUUUACUUACAACUUUUGGAGAGAUUAAUGUUUCAGCUUAAAAGUAUAUGCAGCUCCAUUCGUAGGACAAAUGCUUUUAAUACCAUACUGUCUCAAGUGCUGAAUACCAAAGCAAAACAGCACUUACAGCUUUGGAAAGGCUUCAGUGGGGAAAUUUUUCUCCACUUCCAACAUUUCCUGUUUCUAUAGGUUCAGAUUUUAAGAGAACACUACAGUGGAAAUGCUACUUAACUCCAUUUAUUAAUUUUUUUAAAAGAAAGAAGAAAAACAAAAACAUUUUUCUGCAUGCAUUUAUUGAAGGCAUUAAAACCAAUCCAUAGUAAGCUUGUCAAGUACUGGUUUUCUGAAAACAAGAGGAGGCAUUUUCAUCUUUGUUGAUGUAACUUUUUGUUUUACAUGGACUUUUUAAGCAUUAAGGACGUUUACCCUUGUCAGAAAUCAUGUUGGAUUUGUUUCUAGGAGAGUUCAGGAGUAGCAUAGUGGAAUAGCGUGAAUGGGUGUAAGUGGUCCAAAAUUAAAGGCUGAACUACUAGAUUGUGCAAGGAACUGGCUUAUGCACUAAACGUUUUGUGCCUUGGUCUACAAUUAACAUGAUUUCUGUUUAAAAGAAAAAGGAACAGAUGUCGUCUUUCGUGCUGCUUCUACGUACAUACUUUCUGUAAUCCCAAACUGCCGAAUUGGUUCUUUCCAGAAAAUCGGAUUGAAUUAAAGAUUACUGUAGACAUUUCCUGUCCUACUGACAGUUGCACCGUUUCCAGAGAUUUCAGUAUUGAAAAUGAACUGCAGAAGCUAAGAUUUAUUUUGCUUACUGGUUACUAAGUUCUUUAAAAACCAUAUUGUGGUGGUUCUGUGCUUUUGUACAAUGGAUGUCUUAAGCUGAGGCAGUUUAAGGGAUCCUUUCUCAUGCCAGGAAGGCUUUGCUUUCCUCAACACUGUGAUCUGACCUGUGAUAAACCUGCACUAUAGACAAGUGGCUACCAAGUCAACUGCAAACCAACUGAAUGUAAAAAUCUUAGUGCUGGUGCUGAAAUCUCUUCAGAUAGUCAUAAUGAUUUCCAGUUCAUUGUUUUAAAAAGUUACCGAGCAUCAAGUGUCAAUCAAAGACUGAAGAUGAUCACUAAUGAAUGUUGACUUUUCAUGCAUUUAGGUUUACCUUCUUUUUAGUUCCUCAGUUCAUUCUCUGCUAUUUUUAUCAUAUUGUGUCAUUUUAAAUUUCUUACAUGCUAACGUUUUGUUUGAGCGAAUGAAAUAAAAUUGCAAUAUAUA